UGAUACCUGUUCAACAACGAAAGGCUCCACUUCAAGACCAAUGUGUAUCAUUUCAAAUCCUCUUCCAAUCACUUUUUGGGAUUUAAUUUGCACAAAAGGAGGAUCCUCUUCAUGCUCCAUCACUUUUGGGAAUGUUAUUUGAUGUUUUCCUAACAUGACUGUAAAGCAUCUCUCGGUGGAGUACAGCAAGGUAAAUGAACGAGGGACCUUCUCUCCUGGGGACAUAAUUUCAGGAAGGGUUACGGUGAUGACCAGCAAGGAAACCAAAGUGCAGUGUUUUUUGGUAAAAGCCAAAGGAAAAGCUAAAGUCACAUGGUGUGAACAAGAAGGACAAGCCACAGGGGUUCACAGCGACAAGAAGAAAUACUUUAAUUUUGAACAUAUUAUUCUUCAGGAUAAAAACAAAAGAGAUGGUUCAGAAAUGAUUGGCCCUGGGAGAAAUGUGUAUCCAUUCGCUUUUGUGAUUCCAAAGACAGAUAUGCCUUCAUCUUAUGAGGGGAGAUGGGGCAAAAUUACAUAUAGUUUGCGAGCAAAGCUGACUCAGUCAAUCUGGCUUGUCCACAAAACCAAGACUGAGUUCCCUUUUCUGAGCAAGUCCGAGUUCCCCUUUGCCUCCAAAUCAGAAAUGAUAAUCAUCGGACUUAAGGAGCAACAAUAUGCUACCAGGAUUUCAUUUUAUGGCUCUGAAAAGAUUACUAUGAAUGUUACCUCAGAAAAAAUGGGAGUAAAGCAAGGUGAGGCAAUGGGAGUCUCUGUAGAAGUAUUCAAUGACUCAGCACGUACAGUAACACCCAAAUUCUGGCUGUGCGAGAAGCAGACCUUUGCUGCUCAGUCAAAGAGGAUAGUACACACAAAUGACAUCCUGUUUGGGACAGGAGACUCUGUUCCAGCUGCCACCAGUCGGACUAUAACCAACGUUCUGCGUGUCCCUCUACAGCUCCCCCCUACCUUCUUCAACUGCUGCAUGAUGAAGCUCGAGUACAGACUCAAGGUCACCCUUGAUGUCCCUCUGGCAAAAGACCUCGAGAUCAAACUCCCUCUGGUAAUUCUGUUGGGUUCACCAAAACCACUUCAACAAAAACCAAAGAGAUCCAUCUGGUUUAGAAAGCUUCCUGGUUAAAACGGUGCAUUAGAUCAAGAGUCACUGUUCGUUGUAGCUACUUUUAAAUAAAUGGAUGUUCCUUGAGGAAGUUCAAACUAUCUCAAGAGUUUUGCUCACUGUAUGUUCUCUUGUCUACUAGAUGGAGAUGUGUAGAAGUAUUCUACCAGUAAAUGUGUAUUUGUUUGAGUGUAUUUGAGUGUAUGUACUUAAUAUUCUGAUCUACCAUAAUGUUGAAAUACUCCACAUUUAAAAUCUUAACUGAGAAAAGUACAUACUAUCAAUUAAAUGUACUAUUGAAUGUAAAAGUACUCAUUCUUGAUAAAUACUGAAGCCCCCGUGACUGACAUAUUAUCAUCUGUUACAUUAUUAGAUUUUUAAUGCUCAUGCAUUAAUGCAUACAGGAUUUUCCUGCUGUAGCUGGUUGAAGUGACACUAGUUUAAACUACUUCAUCCACAGUUAACAUUAGUUUAGUCCGGUGGGUAAGGGUCACAAGAUAAAGCUAAGGAAUCACAAGAUGAUUAAUAGGGCAGGGAUGAAAAACAAAGCUACACACUGCUGUUUUCAUUUUGGGGAAUAUUCUCUAAUCUUUGCUUUUAUCGGUAAAAUACUGGAGAAUUUUAGAUCUUUGAGCCUCAAACAGUUAUUUAAAUGAAACCAUGUGAGACAUUUAGGGGAGGAAGUAUCUCUUUGGUGGAACUGCUAACAACUCAUAGACAUCAAACAUGACAAGCAGCCCAAACUAGA